AUGUCUCAUAUGCAUAUUUUGGUGUACGAUAACACCUGUCCGAGAAGGACAGGUGUUCAGCACACAAUCCAAGAUGGCUCAUUGACCGUCCACCCAAUACUCCUCUCGGAAGAUUCAUCUUUUGGUGCAGAAGUAUACGGCGUUGAUUGGAGCAACCCUGUUCCAGCAAAUAUUGUCACGAAAUUAAUCGCGCUGCAAGAUAAGUACGGUGUGCUGAUCUUUCGCAAAACCGGAUUGGACAACAGUCGGCAUAUUCUAUUCUCGCAGCAGCUGGGCGACAAGCUAGAAGUCAAUCCGUUCUUUUACGGACGAGAAAAUGACCGGUUGGGGGAGCCGUUACUAUUCGACGUGGCCAACAUCGAGCUAGAUGGCUCGCUGGUAAAGAUGGACAGUCGCAGGUACCAUCACAGUCUGGGAAAUGCUUUAUGGCACACCGACUCAUCGUAUCACCAACAACGGUCCAAGUAUUCCAUACUGCUCUCUCAUGGAAAUCCUGUUGAAGGCGGAUCGUGGACCCAUUUUGCAGAUACGCGUCGUGCCUACAGUGACCUUCCACAAACGAAAAAAGACGAGAUUGAGAACUUCGUUAUUGAACAUGAUCUCUGGCAUUCCCGAAAGCUCGCGUCACCUGCUGUGUUUGGAAACCCUCUACCUCACGAACUGGCAGCGAAGCCACCGGCCUACCAUCGUCUCGUGCAAACAGCACCAGACGGUCGAAAAACAUUGUAUCUAGCCGCGCAUGCCAGACGAAUCGUCGGAAAAGACAUUGAAGAGAGCCAGCGGCUAAUUUGGGAGUUGAUUGACCACUGUACACAAUCGAAAUAUGUCUUCAGCAUGGAGUGGCUUUAUGGUGGGGAUAUGGUCUGCCAAUCGAUGCAUCGCGCUAAUCCCUAUACCGCGACAAUGACAGCGAGGGAUGUCCGUCGGUCCACAAUCUUUGAUGAUGGCCCUUGGGCAUUUGGUGUUUUGAAAGAUCAAGUGAAGUAG